CUCGAAGUAAGUGGAAUGCAGGCAUCAACCUCAUUCGACUUCAACAAGCAGACUGCUGUUCAAAGACACAUCGGAUCUCAAGAUGACGAGUGACGAUCAGCAGUUCCUGGACCUGGUAUGACAACUCCAACCUCUGCAGCGAGUUUUACUAACCAUCGCUUCCCAGCUCGCAUCCGUCCCAAAGGAUAUGGCACAAUAUGGAGGCCGCGUUGCCGACUACAUCGAAAAACAUACCAACGCAAUAGCCUCUGACAUUCGCGACGCCAUCGAUGGUGCAAGCUGGAUUCCUGACUCACUGCGACCACCACGACGUUCCGGCGGUGGUUCAUCGUCCUUCUUCCGGCCUCCCCCGCCUCCGCAGGGCAUUCUCGAGCAGACCACCGCGUUCAUCUCUAAGCGUCGUACCGCCAUAGCCAUCUGUGUGGCCUUCACAGGAACAUCUGUAUAUCUGAUACACAGGAGGAAGAAGGCACAUGCUCGCAAGAGGAGGGCGAAGAAGCUGCCUAAUGGUGCAAAGAAAGAGAUUGUGAUCCUCGCUUGCUCGACCUUCCACGAUGCCUUGACACGGUCAUUGGCUCUUGACCUUGAGCGGCGAGGUUACGUUGUCUAUGUCACAGUAUCUUCGACCGAGGAAGACUCGCUGGUCCAGCAAGAAGCAAAGGCUGACCUCCGUCCACUAUGGGUCGACCUGACCUCUACUGUCCCGAACCCUGCCGUCGAUGUUCAUCCCAACCUCGAACCAAUCCGCGAACUUCUGACCAAGUCUUCUCGCCCCUCGUCUCCCGGCGGUCGUUCCAAAUCGAAUCAGGGCUCCUCCAUGAGCAACAUGACACUUGCCGGCAUCGUUGUCUUCCCAGGCUGUUCCGGCUACGCAGAAGGGCCUCUCGCUCUGAUGCCGCCGAGCGAUAUCGUUGACAACAUCAACACGCGCCUCGUAUCGCCCGUCCUUACCGUCCAACAAUUCCUCCCUCUACUAGCCAACCACAGCACAGAUCCGAAAUCUCCAUCCUCCAUCAUCAUUGCGUAUCCAUCGAUUCCGAACUCUCUAUCUCCUCCACGGCAAGUCCCAGAAUGCUUAAUCACAUCUUCGCUCUCCGCCCUUGCCUCGUCUCUCAGACGUGAAGUCAAAGCGGCACACGCCAACAUCACUGUCUCCGAACUCAAAUUGGGCAACUUCGACAUGGGCUCUGUCGCCUCAUCCCGAAACACACCUACACAGUCUGCCUAUCAAGCUUCAUCAAGCACGUCAUCAUCCUCUUCAGCGCUCAUGCCGUGGCACUCGUCACAGCGCGCUGCUUUACAACGCAAGACACUUGGUCAGCGCAGUUUCAUCCGCGGCUCAUCAGCCCGGGAGUUCCACAAUGCUGUCUUCGACGCCCUUGCGCCGCCACAGACGUUCAAAGCGUUUGGUCGCUUCGAAUGGACAGCGACACGACGUCCUGAAGUGGUCUUUGUCGGUAGCGGCGCCAGGAUCUACGAUGUUGUAGGUCGUAUCAUGCCAAAUGGCUUGGUGGCGUUUAUGAUGGGUUACAAGAGACGAGACACGGAACAAGUCGAUGUCGAAGGAGGUCGAGUCUAUCCCAAGACCGAGUCUAUUCAGCAACGGGACGUCUCCAUCGAGAGACUCAAUCCUUCUGCUGCUGCCCCAACGUGGGGUUUUGGAUCUAUAGGCAGUGAGAGCGGGAUCUGGGAGAAGGUAUGAGCCCGCUUUGGCAUGACGAAAACGAGGUAUGAUACGAUGAAAGCGAACGUGAACAGUCCUCUCUUCUUUUCUAUAGGUGCUUCUUACUCCUAUAGGUGUAUGAUACAUGUUUCUUGGCCCUUUU